GGCUAUUAAAUGUAGUAUGCUUUCGAGUUUCGGUGCUGUCAGUUACUAGUGACUGACUGGCUCAAAAUUAGGAAUACUACAAAAACACAACUUCUUUUCUCCAGGGCACAGACAACAAGGUUCGAGACAAAAAUGCAAAGUGGCCCACUCUAGGAGUCGCGAUGCUAUCAAAAAUUCUACGUAAAUAUGGCACACUGAACUUGUUCGGCAAUCACCAUCCGCAUAGCACCCAUCCGCGAAGUCCCAGCAAUCCGAGCUGUCCUCGGCAGUCGGGAUGCGGAUGCGGAUGCGGGUUGGGAUGCGAUCAGCAGCUGAUCCGCCGCGGAGUACACGACUGGAACCGGCGCAGUGCGGCGCACCACGAGCGGCGCAAGAUCAUUCCGAAACUGGUGUAUCUGCACAACCCGUGGAAGUAUCUGGUGACCAAGUUCAAUCUGUGGAAGCUCAAGUGGCUCUGGGAUCGGGACUUCAGCGAGCCGGACUUCUUGGAGGGCGCCAAGCAGGCGGCGAUCGUCAUGACGGACAUCAUCCGGCAGCAGAGCGCCGAUAAGAUCAGCGAGUUUACGACUCCGGUGGGGUUCCAGCAGAUCACCCGGGACAUGCUCCUCUCCCGGAACGACACGCGGCUCCAGCUGGUCAGGUUCGAGCGGGAGCACCUGCGCCGAGCGAUUCCCAUGAAGGUGGCCACGCGACAGAACUUCGGCAGGAAGUACGCCUUUAUCGACAUGCUCUUUGUGGGCCUGCGGAACACCAAGGACUUCGACACGGCCACCGAGGUGGUGGAGGUCAGUGAGAUCAUCCGCCGUAUGGACAACGAGCUGAAGACGCCGCCAGAAGUCGUAUCUGUUCCGCAUCGAAUCGUAUUCGCCGAGAUCUUCAUCCGUUUCAGAAGGGACUACACGGCUGACACAAGAAAGGGGGUCAACUUGAGUGGCUACCCCUCCUUCACUGCACCCACAGCUCCAGAGCCAGUUGGCAGUGCCAAGCCACUGCAGACACCCUUCAUUCAGUCGGCCAUAGAUCCCAUGAAGUCCGCCCAGAGUCAGACCACGGCGGCUCUGCCCCAAACGGGAAGGAUCCUGCAUCGCAUGGACGACGUGGGCUGGUCGGUGUCCUUCUACAAGAUCCUGACCUUCGACGUCCUCAACUACGAUCCGCAGAACAAGAGGCACCAGCAGCCGUCCGACGACAAGCCUUAGUGUUAGUGAUCAGUUUGAACUCUAUGGUAAAGCAAUGAUUGAGAAAAUGUAUGACAAAUUCCAGCUGGCAAUAAACUGCAUUAUGCAA